UAUUUUAUUUUAAAAAGCAUAAAAAUGAUCAAAAAAUGAACAACUUAUUAUUAUCAAUAUUAAUUUAUUACUUGCAUAUAAUUUUAAUCAAUUCCUAUUAUGUACCUCAAACUGCUCCCAAUAUUUUUCAAGUUGGUCAAGAUGUACCUGUAACUGUAUCUACAAUAAAUAGUAUCAAGACAUUUUUGCCUUAUGAUUAUUACUCUCUUUCAUUUUGUAAACCUGCAGAUGGACAAAUUAAAUAUUCAAAGGAGAAUUUAGGUGAAUUAAUAAUUGGUGGGAAAAUUGUUAAUACACCUUACAAAAUUCAAAUGAAAGUUGAUAUUAAUUGUAUAAAAUUGUGUGACCCUAAAAAGUUAUCCAAGACAGAAUCUUCCUCAAUGGUUGAAAAAAUUUCUCAAGCAUAUUUUAUGACAUUAUUUGCAGAUAAUUUACCAAGUUUGACCAAAUUUAUUCAAGAAAAGAGUGAUGACGCUUUUUUUGAAAAAGGUUUUAAAAUUGGAUAUAUAAAUACGGAUGGGAAACCUUACCUGUUUAAUCAUUUGAAUUUUACGUUGAGAUAUUAUACGGACCCUGAAACCAAAAACUACAUGGUAGUUGGAUUUGAAGUCGAACCUAUGAGCAUUGAUUACCAGGAUAUGAAAGUUGAAAAAGAUGGUACAUGUAAAUUACCUGAUCAUCAAUAUAAUGGGCAACUAAUCCAAGAAAAUAAAAAUACCGAGUUGGCAUUUACUUAUUCGGUCAAAUGGGAACCUAGCGAUUUGAGAUGGGCCUCUAGGUGGGACUCCUACCUUUCCUCCAGGGACGUUAAAAUACAUUGGUUUUCUAUCAUCAAUUCUGUCGUCAUCAUAUUUCUGUUAUCAGGUAUUUUGACGAUGAUUAUCAUUCGAACACUGCGAAAAGAUAUAGCCCGUUAUAACAGAGAGGAAGAUUUGGAAGAUACAUUAGAAGAGACGGGCUGGAAAUUAGUUCAUGGGGACGUCUUCAGGCCUCCCAAAUUUCCCGUGUUGUUCUGUGCACUGGUAGGAUCCGGUCUACAAAUAGCCGCCAUGUCCUUGAUUGUGUUGUGUUUUGCCGUUUUAGGAGUAUUGUCUCCAGCCUCGAGAGGGGCUCUUAUGACCGCCGCCAUCUUUCUCUAUGUUUUUAUGGGAAUGUUUGCUGGCUACUAUUCCUCCAGGCUUUACAAAACUAUUAAAGGAACCCUGUGGAAGAAAACGGCGUUUUAUACUGCCACUUUAUACCCCAGCACUGUCUUCAACAUAUGCAGCUUUCUCAACUUCUUUUUAUGGGCCAAACAUUCAUCUGCUUCGAUCCCGUUUUCAACGAUGAUGGCCAUUUUAUGUUUGUGGUUUGGAAUUUCUGUACCUCUGGUGUACAUAGGAUCUUAUUUUGGCUAUAGGAAACAACCAUACUCGCAGCCCGUACGUACUAAUCAAAUACCUCGGCAAAUUCCCGAGCAGCCCUGGUAUAUGAACUCUUUUGUUUCUUCACUCGCUGCUGGUGUUCUUCCUUUCGGCAGCACAUUUAUAGAACUAUUCUUCAUAUUUACGGCCAUAUGGGAAAAUCAAUUUUACUACCUAUUUGGCUUCCUCUUUCUAGUCUUUCUCAUACUCGUCGUGUCUUGUGGCCAAAUUAGCAUUGUCAUGGUUUACUUUCAGCUCUGCAACGAAGAUUAUAGAUGGUGGUGGAAGAGCUUUAGCGUGUACGGCGGUGGGUCAGCACUAUAUAUGGCUGGAUAUGCCUUAUUCUACUUUUUUACCAAGUUAGAAAUCACGGGAUUCGUACCGGUUCUCCUGUAUUUAGGUUACACUGCUAUUAUGGUCCUAACAUUCUGGCUUCUGACCGGAGUCGUUGGAUUUUUUGCCUCCUACCUUUUUGUUAAGUCCAUUUACUCUGCCGUGAAAAUUGAUUAAGAAAACUAAAUAAACUGAAUUGAACAGAAAUGUCUUUCUAUUUUCUACCACUAUUUUUAAUCUUUAUGUUCACCCCUAUUUCGCAAUGACUGAGUUUAUUCUAGUAUAUUCUUUAUUGAUUGAUUGCAUUACUAAAAUGGCCCUAAUAUUUUGGCGUUUGACAGGGGUGGGGCGGAUAUUUUGAAAUUAUGUACUUCAGCGUGAUGAUCCAUUUAAAGAUAACAAUAGAUAGCCUUUUUAAAAAUCCCUCCUCUCAAUUAUAUGUUAUUCAAUUCCAAAAAAAAAGUCAAUUAAUUUGGAAGAUUUUAUAAUCUGGUUAGCAAUCACACCUUAUUUUAAAAAUCAAAGAAGUUAUAGAUUUACUUUUUUUGCCAUUUCUUUUAGUUGUUUUUAUGUUCGUUGCACUAAACAAUGUCAUGGUCAUACAUUUUUUUUAUUGAUAUAAUAAAUUUUUACAUAAGAUAUGGACAACAAUAUUUUUAAUCUAAUAAUUUAUUAUGAAUGACUUUUUUUUCUAUAUUUUUAAAAUUAAUACUUUAAAUAUAUGAUCUAUAUUUUAUACCAACUAUCCUAUAUUGCACAAAACCUCGAUUAUAUUUAUAAAAUGUA